AUGUCGACCGAAGUUUGGGAGGUUGUUGGUUGGGUUUGGUGGGUCGGAGUGGCUGAUUGGAGUUUAGAGAGGCUGCUCGGUUCAAUUUGGUGUGGUCGGAGAGCCGAACCGACUAAUGAGGUCGAUCGAAUGUGGAGGAAAGGUUGGCUGAAAAUUCUUUUAGGGAGAGAAGGUGUGUGGUCGCUGGCAUUGAAAAGAUUCUCACCUUGUCCAUCACAUAUUGGUGAAAGGCAUCCACAAAAUGAAGGAAUUUCUACUCCACAACUAGUCUCCUCUAAAAUCGACUUUUAUGCCUCCAUAGUUGCAUUAACUAUCGUUGCUACCAUUUUCUCCUUCGUUGAGAGAAUUGGAGAAACAGGGAUGAUUGUCUCGCUUGGAGCGAGGGAGCAAUAG